AUGGUGACCAAUAAUAGUAAUAGCGGCGGCAAUAAUGGAGCCGCCAGCGGUAAUCUACUCCAAGUGCCCCCACAGACCCCUAGAGCUUCAUCGCAUCGUCGUUCAGGGUCGGGCUCCGGCUUGGGUGGAUUGAGUGGGUCGGGGGUCACACCAUCGUUUAGUUUUGGUUUAGGUUUUCUGCCUUCUUUCCAGUUUAAUUCUCCAAGAAAUCUUAACUUGGUGAAUUCAUUCUCUCCCCAUAGAUUUUUCCAUUCUUCCAAUGAGCUACUGAGGGUGGUUUCAUCUUCAAAUGGUACAUCUUCCUCUUUCAACAAGUCAGGAGGUGGGCUAGAUGCAUCUUCAAUGCCUGCUCCGGCUAAUUGUUCAUCUCAUAAGAAAAAUAAUUCGAUUCCUUCGGCAGCGGAUAUUUUUAAUUCUUUAACUCCACCAAAUUCAUCUAAAUCAAAUCAAAAUAAGUUUAUGGAUUCACUUACCUCUUCAGUAAAGAAAGAACCAAAGUCUCCAAUCAGUAUUAAACUGAAUCAAAAACACGAUUUUGACUCAUUAGAUCAUAAUGAUUCUAUGGAUUCAAAAAAUGAUAUGGAUAUUUGGUCUUUAGCAAAUGAUGAUUCAAAUUCUCAAAAUUUAACCAUCAACCUAACUUCAAUUUAUGAAGAUGAAACAACCGAAACCCCAAAAAGAAAAAAUGAUAAUUCUUCAAGGUUUUUAACUCCAAAUAAAUUGAUGCUUAAUACAAAACCAAUUAUCAAUGUACAAGACGUUGAAAACCCUGAAAGCAAUAAUGAUCAUUCUACUACCGAGAGCAAUUCAAAAAAUGAUGAUGACACUGAUGAUGAAAUGGAUAAGGACGAUGAUAAUGAUGAUGAUAGUGAAAAUAAUGAUUUUAGGAAAAAUCAUGUUUUUGACGAUAAAAACAGAUUAAAAUCAGCUCCUUCCUUAGUUACUAUAAAACCAACUAAUUUGGAUCAGUUGCCUAAAUCGUCUCCUUCAGAUCCUGGAGUUAUAAAGAAAAAAAGAAAAAUUUCCUCUAACUCAAGUUCCACUUCAGAUUCUCCAAGUAAAGCAAUUGCUUCUCAAAUUGAUACUAUUGCUUCACCUUCUAAACGUGGUGGUUCUAAUUUAGCUCCAAUUCAAAAUUCAUCAACUCCAUUGAGAAAUCCUGAUAAUUCUACUCAUCUGGUUAAUGUUCAUGAUGAAUCUGGUAACGUUGUAGCUAGAGUAUGGAAUUCAGAACUUGAUGAAAUGUUACUCAAGUCCUACGCCAAAUUUAAGGUUUUCAAAGAAAACCAAUUAUUAGACUCUACUUCAACUUUGAAGAAUACAUCUCAAAAUAAAAUUUUAUCAAGAAUGCUUUAUAAUAAGACGGGGAUCUUAAGAAAUUCAAAACAAAUAGCAUCAAGAUUAUUCAGACUCACCAAAACAAAAAUACCUGCAGCAAGCAGAGCUCCUCUUAAAAUCCAAACAUCUCCAAAUAAUUCUUAUGAUGAUGUCGUUAAAACUCCCCUUAAUAAGUUAGCUGCUGCUAGAAGUGCUAGCACCACUGGUCUCAAUAAUAAUGACAUUGACAGAGAAUUAGAUCAAUUGUUAUCAUCAACUCCGAUUGAUGACAUAGACCUCACCAGUGUGUUGAAAGAUAGCGGUAUUGAUUUGAGCAAUACUAACAUUUCCAUUAAAUCCGAUCAUGAUAAACAAAAUCCAAAUAUCUUAACUAACAUUGACACGAGCUCGGUCCCUCAAAGAAAUGCCCCAACCGAGUCAAAGUUCAAACUAGAACCGAAACUCUUCAAUAUCCAAUACAAAAAGGAUUCAUCUCAAGCAACUUCAGUUCAUCAUUUCACUCAAUUAGAUACCAGCUACAUCUCUAAAACUCCGGUAACCGGAUCGAAUCUUAAGAGAAAGCUAAGAUUCACUGAAGCUAUUCUGACAGAAUUUGAAAAGUUCAGUAAAACAUUAAAAGAAAAUGAACUUCCAAUUUGGUAUAUCUCAACAAGAUUUGAUUUGAAGUCUAAGCUGAGUCAACAUCCAAAUCAAGGCUUUGAUUCCACUCUGAUGUUCAAUUGUGAAAAUGGUGAUUACAGCUCUACUUUGAAGAUCGAAGUCCCUGUUUCGAAAGAUGACCCUCGCCAAUUUUUACAUUGGAAAUGUUGUACUUAUGUUUACAUGGAUAAAAAUUUAUUAUUUAAAUCAACUGAAGCUAUCAAUGGUUAUAAAGAUAAUCAGAAUACUAAAUUUGAUUUACAUGUACCUUUCUUGAAAAAAUUUUGGAGUGGCUAUUUGUCUUAUUUUAAUAACGGAUCUUAUGAUGCUGAUGAAGUUCAAAAAUUAUUCAUAAUGCAAGUUCUUUUUGAAGAUGACAAUGAAGACGGUAAUAAUGACGCUUUUCCUAACUCUGAUUUGUUACAAGGCUGUCUAUUAUACGAAUUUAAAGCUAAAGGUGAACAUCUUGGUAUCAGUAAAUUGAAUUUCUUAACCUUAUUAGGUGACGAUCAAGAAAAUGAUGAUGAUAAUGAAACUGUAUUAGCUGGAUCAUCACCGUACCGUACUUUAUCUCCUAAGAGAAAUGAUGACAUGUUUAGAUCUCCUAACCUUAUUCAGAGAAGGCAAAGUUUUCAAUCCAAUCAUUUAAAAAUUGAUACCAAUAAGGCAAAUUUGAACAAUGACAUAGAUAGACUGGGUCCAUCGAGCGCUCCACUUUAUAAUCCUAAAUUUAAUCAGAAAUUUGCAACUCCGCACAAUAAUAGAAGACAAAUGUUUAAUCAAACCUCGUCUAUAUCUGAAAAAGCCGCUAGCUUUCUGGCUCAAACUGUUUCUUCCAAUCCUCACCCUAAUUUAAGUCAUUCACAAUCAACUGGUAACUUACAUGACUUUAACCCUCAUUAUCAAAAACAAAUCUCACCUUUGGCUAAUCGUUCUAGCCAAAACAAAUCUUCGAAUUCAUCGUCGCCAUACCUAGCAAAUUCUCAAUUAGGAACACCGGCAAGUUUUGUCACAUCAACUCCAGCCAAAGAUUUCAAAUUGAGUACUGAUGCCACUGGAAAUCAAAUAAGCUCGUCGAUCCAGCGCCCUUUACCUCCACAAUCAUCGAUGUCUACACCAUUAUUACUGAACAAAUACCCUUCUGUGAGCUCUGGUAUGAACAUGAAUCCUAAUAUGCCUAUGAAUAUGCCGAUGAACAUGAUGAACCCCGGAUUACCAAUGAACAUUCCAAUGAAUGUUAAUAUCAACGACCUUGAUGCUCAAAAUCUCAGCUCUCCAGGAUUUAUGGUCAAUAUGGGUAAUAAUGGUAUGGUUAACCCAUUGCUCCCACAAACUCAAUAUUCCCCUUCAGCUGCUCAACAAACUCAAUUACAACAUCAAGAACAACAAAAAAUGAUGAUGUACAUGCUCCAGCUACAACAACAACAGCAAAUUGCUUUAAACCAACAUAACCAACCUACAUUAGUACAACAGAAAAAGCAACAAAGUAACAAAAUGAAACCUUCAGCACAACCUCUCAAUCAUCAACAACAACAAUCACAAAUGAUGCAGAAAAUCACUGCUCAACGUCCUUUCAUCCAAUAUCCUCAAUCUAACAAUCCAGUUAACAGCAGUAGACCCAAGAGUGAUAAUAAGGAGAACGUCCGUCCAAAUGCACCAAUGCAAAUAAAAUUUGGUCCUAUUUUGGGAUACGAUCCCUCAAAAAAUAACAAAGCCAAUGAUAAAUCAAAAUCUAGUCUGAAUAACAAGGCAGCUUCAAGUAUGAGUAAGUUUCCGGUAAACCCUCAGGUUACCAUGUAUGAUCCCGAGAGAAAGUAG